UGUUUGGUUCAGUGUAAUAGGUAAUCCAUUACGCCCCGAUUACGCGCCUAUUACAUUACCUACCUAUUCUGGCGUUUGGUUCGCUGUAAUCGGUAUUACGCGCCUAUUACAAUACCGACCUAAUCCCCAAAUUCAAUGCUUUUCUAUUCCCUUCCUAAAUCGAGGAUUACCCUAUUACGUCCGGCUUCCCUUCCCAAGUCUCUGUUUUACCCUCCCUCCCUACCCGAAAUCGACCUCCACCCUCUCCUUUUUCUAUCCUCAUCAUUUCCCCUCCCAUUCCCACUGCUUCAAUUUUUCUCUCGGUCUCGGCGUUUGGUUUUUGAGGUUUUUUGUUCCAACACUUCUUCAUCGCAGUCGUCCCCGAUUUGCUCAUUACAGAUAAUUAUGUCAGGUGUUCCACAAUCAUAUGCUUCUUCUCAAGCUUCUCGAGGAACCAAAAUAAAAUGGGUUCCAGAAGAAGAUGCAGCCUUGGUUUCUUGCAUGGUGGACUUGCACAAUGUUAGAACAUUCAAUGCUGAUACCGGGUUCAAAGCCGGUUAUUUGAACGAGUUGGAAAAAAUGCUAGAAAAGGCUUUACCAAAUGCAAUGUUGAAGGCGAAACCAAAUAUUGAAUCGAGGAUUAGGUUACUAAAAAGGGAAUGGUCAAUCGUCUAUGACAUGCUUAAUGACCAAAAAAAUAGCGGUUUUGGUUGGGACGAGCAUAGGCAGCUCGUUGUUGCUGAAGAUGCAGUUUGGGACUCCUAUUUAAAGAGUCACAAAGAAGCCGCUCAAUUUAGACAUCGUACUUUCCCUUACUACGACCAGCUAACUGCCAUAUACGCAAGAGAUCAAGCGACUGGGAAAGAUGCUCAAUCAGCUGCUGAUGUUCUUCAAGAAAUAAAUACUGAGGAUGUAUCUACUACAGAUAUGAAUGAAGAGAGAAACACAUUCUAUGACUGCGAAGCUGACGUCUCUUUGGACGACAUGGAUGUUUCUGGUACGAAGCCGCAAUGAGAUAGAGACCAAGGGGGUUCCUCAUCUUCAAACAAGAGAAAGAAGAAAUCUGAUGCUCGUGAUAAUAUGUAUUCUUCAUUUGAUGAGGCUGCCACUUUAUUGGCCGAAAACAUCAAGGCCGUUGGCGAUCAAAUCAGUAGGAGUAUUACCUCCGAGGUGGUAGUUCAGCAGAAGUUAGAAGAAUAUCAAAAGAUGGAAGAGAAAGCUUCAAAUUUAUAUUCAACCUUAUGGGAAAUUGAAAGUUUAACCGACGAUCAGCGGUAUGAAGCUUUGAGUAAAAUUCCAGAUCAUCCAACUCAAAUGAUCGUUUUCUUUAGUUUACCUUCUGUUGCGCAAUUGGAAUGGGUCAGAAGAUUUCUUUCUCACCAUUAAAAAUCAAUGUUCAAACUUUUUGGUGUUGUAAAACUAUAUAACAUAUGGAUUAUGAUGUAGAAUUUCAUUUUCAUCUAACAUUUUCUUAAUAU